AAACAAAACCGAGCCACGGACAUGGAUCCAUGUGAAGAAAUGUCAUGAGAAGAACAGUAAAACAGUGUUCCAGCAAGUCUUGUAAAUCUGUAGAUUCUUCUUUUCCCGGAGAAGAUGACGAAGACACAAAACUUAACAAAAGGACAAUUAAGAAACUCAGUUCUGUCGAAGACAACUGUCUAAAUCGCAUACCGAAAGAAAAAACACAGGGUCGGGGUCAGCAAAAGUUCAGAGCAGCUAGUUCUUUACUUUCGAUUUCAGGCAAAAUUGUGAACCAGUCUCACCACACAGUUGAGCAAUAUACUGCAUCUAAUUCAGCAUUUACCCUACAGGCAGAUCACAGACAAUCAAGUGAGAAGAAACGAAGAAUAAAAGCAGAUGUCAAUACAUGUUUUGAAUAUGCUAGAAAAGAGUUCAGUGCCCAAAAUUUAUCCUGUCCAUUAAAAACUAAUUUGUAUAAAAGGAGCCAAGACACAGAUGUAAACAAGGGGUUGUACCCAAAGACAUUAAGGCUGAGAAAGAAACAGAUUGAUGUGAAAACACAGAUUCACAAUACUUGUGAUACAUUUUCUGCUGGUCAGUUUGGUGAGAAGACAUCAAGUUUUUCAAAAGAAACAGGGUUUAAAACAGCUGCCUCACUGUAUAAGGAUAAUUCUUUCACUGGAAGUAGAUUAGAACUCAAUGAAACAUACAUUCAAUUCAAUCAUUCAUUUGUGAACCUAUCGCAAGGGAAUAAUUCUUCAAUAAGUCAAAGUAAAAUUAAGAGGCCCAGAAAGCAUAAAAUUGGAAAGAACCAAAAACCAAUUACAAAUUUCUUUACUUCAACAACUGUAAAAACAAAAUCUGAGAAAUCUGAUUUAAAUGAAUUGAGUAUGUCAGAAUACAAAGGAAUGAAUAAACCUCCUCCAUUACCAACCACACCUUCUAAAUUAUAUUCUCCACUUAAACAAAUAUCACCCUCAAUUUUUAUUGAAAGUCCUCCAGGGAAGAAGGCUACUGAAAUCAAACAAACAACAGAUGUUGCCAAGAAACUAUUUCAUGGCCGGGAGAGUCUGUAUUCCACCACUAAGGAACAAGCAAAUAGUAAAAAGAGAAAAAUAAACCCAAAACCUAUAAGAACCUUGCAAGCAAAAUCAGCAGUUGUUUUUUCACCUACCGUACAAAAUUUUAUGGAUUCUGAUGAUGAUGACUUUGAAAAUGUAGAAUCAAAAGAUGUAAUUAAUAAGGCAUUUGGCUUAGUAGAAUCAAAAGAAUUGCUGGACCUAGCAGAGCCUGAAAUUGAAAGAACGUGUUGUGAGACAAACUAUUUUGAAAUAUUACCCAUAGAAGUCACAAUGAAUAUUUUCUGCCGGUUGCCCAUUUUAGAUCUGUGUUUGAAUUGUAACAGAGUAUGUAAACAAUGGAAUGAUAUUAUAAGUGAUGAAAAGUUUUUAGCGUGGAAGAAGCAAUAUUUUAAACAGUUAAAGGGUGUAACUGGUGGCUUUAAUAUUAAACAAAUGUUAACAUCAGGAAACAUGUUAACAUCUAGUCAAUUUUUACUUUCAUUUAUCAGGUACAUAAAAGAUUUUAAACCUGUAACUUACAUCGGUGGUAAUAUGACAGAUUGUUUGAAAACUCAUCCAAAAUAUAACUGGGCUUGUGAACUUAUUAAAGAAAAAGCAACAGAUUGUAUUAAAGUCAAGACGUGUAAUCCAUGGAGUAUAAUAGCAUGUUUAGUAGUGAUAUCGGAAAGUGUUUUAGAUGUACAAAACAUAUUAAACUGUUUAUUAAAAACAACAUCUCAGUGUCCAGUUACAGAUGUAUUAGAAUGUUUCUAUUGUAUGGCUACAUUGAUGAAUGCUAUGAUGAAAAGAAAACCACCUAGUGUAUGGAAUGGUAUGCAUUAUCGUCUGUUUUAUGCUGUAUAUUUGUUUGAGAAUACUUCAAUAUCCGAUCAUGGUAUGCUACAAGAUGCUAUUAAAGGUUCUACAGGUCAACAAACAUUGAUUAAAUAUGGAACUGGUGAUACAAGUGUGAGAUUAACACAUGAACAGUUAAGAAUUGUUAAAUAUACUCCAAUGGAAAAAGAAAUCAUCAAAAUUGUUGCAUUUGCAGGCACAGGUAAAACUACAACAUUAGUUAGAUAUACACAACUGCGACCUAACUUAAGAUUUUUAUUGGUUGUCUAUAAUAAAUCUGUUUGUGAACAUGCAAAGACUAAAUUUCCGUCCAACGUCACUAUUAAAACAGGGCAUGGGUUGGCAUUUGGAGUUACAGGAAGAAGAUAUAAAGCAGCCAAUAAACUCAAUUCGUAUGGCUUGAAAGUCUAUAGUGUCGCCAUGGAGCUUCAGAAUAUUAAAGGAGAAAAUCUGUAUGUCAGAGCCAAGUUUGUCUUAGAAACUCUCAACAACUUUCUUUCUUCAUCUGAUAAGACAGUUAACAUAGACCAUGCUCCUAGUUUCCAUAGAAAUGAUGAUGGUGUCAUAAAAGUUAUAGAAGACUCUUCAAAAUUGAUCUAUGUAAAUGAUGCUGCCUACCUGUGGAGAAGAAUGAAAGAUUAUAAUGACAAGAAAAUAGGAAUGACACAUGAUGGUUAUCUUAAACUUUAUCAGUUACAGGAACCCCAGCUGUCUGAUUAUGAUGUAAUAUUGAUAGAUGAAGCCCAGGACUUAACACCUUCUGUUAUUGAUAUUAUGUUACAACAACGUCAAACAAAGAUAUUAGUAGGUGAUCCUCAUCAACAGAUUUAUUCUUUCCGUGGUGCUGUUAAUGCAAUGCAACACAUACCGUCUACGAAAACAUUCUACCUUACACAGUCUUUCAGAUUUGGACCAGAAAUAGCCCAUGUUGCUGCAUGUUGUUUACAACUAUUAAAGAAAGUAACAGAGAAAACUAUAGUAGGACAUGGGAAACCAGGCAAAAUAACUGGUGAAACUAUUGGACAGUUGGCUAUCAUAGCUAGAUGUAAUUUUACUUUGUUUGCUGAGGCUGUUAAAAAAUGUUGCUACUCAAACAUGGAAAAUCAAAAAGUAGGAUUUGUUGGGGGAACAGAUGGGUUUGGCUUUCCUAUCAUACAAGAUAUCUAUACUUUGAUGAUGCCAAGCCAUGAAAGAAUAGCAGCAAAACGAGAAAUAAGAAACAGUUUUAUUGCUCGCUUCAAAACAAUAGGGGAUUUGGAGAAAUAUGCUACUAAAGCUAUGGAUCCAGAACUGUUAGGAAAAAUUAAGAUAGUGAAGACGUAUAAUCACAAUUUACCUGGUCAUAUAGAUAAGAUACUAAGUAAAACUAUUAAAGAUAUUUCUGUUGCAGAUGUAGUAUUUAGUACAGCUCAUAAAGCUAAAGGAUUAGAAUUUUCAACAGUUAAAGUCACGGAUGAUUAUACCUAUCUAGGACCCGGAUCCAGUGUAGUACUAGGACCAGGACCUAUACCAUAUGAUGAGAGUAAUCUACUGUACGUAGCCAUAACACGAGCUAAACAAGCUCUACAACUGUCUCCAGUUAUUGUUAAAAUACUCAAAGAAUCAGGAAUGAAGUUUGAAACGCCUGUAUUAAGUGAAGUUCUAAAAGAAAAGAAAACACCCUUUAAAUGUCAUGUGUCUGGAGCAGAAUUUCAACCAAAAGUUUUCACCUUACAAAAAGAAACUGUUAAAUUGGGUUGUGGAACGGUUUUGUCUGGAGGCUUAUUAAGUCCACAGGUUCUUUAUGAAGAUUGUCACCCUUUUAAAGAAUUACUUGGAGAGGAACCAGAAGAUGACUACACAGGAAGGGCCGAUUUAAGGCAUUUAGAAAUGCAACUUGAAGAGUAUAUGGAGUUUUUAUGAAUCAAAAGUAUUGUUUAAUAAAAAUUUCGUUGAAAGAACACAAAGAACAUGUCUAUAUAGUUAGUAAAGUAAAGAUAGCCAGAUAUUGAUUUAAGGAGCUUUAGAAAUUAAAGAAGAUUCUUAACAUGUUAUUUGACUGCCCAAGGGCUUUCUGAAUUAAUGAAACAGAAGUUACUACAAAAGUUUGCACAGUUUGUUAAUGCUUCCAAUUGUUAUGCUUUUAUUUUCUUUUUCAAUUCAUGUCUAGGUUUUUCUAUUUUAUUCGAAAUUAAAGAAUUCAUACAUUGGGGAGGGGGUAUUUUCAUAAAAAUUACUUUGUUGCUUUGUUAUUUUCCGAUUCAUUGAUGACCACUAAUUUACUGAAAUAUCAAAGUCUUUCAAGUCUGUUAAUGUUUUCAAUUGUUAUACCUUUUUGUCCAUCACGCCUAGAUUUUUUGUCUAUUUUAUUCUUUAUAAAAGAAUUUAUACAUAAGAUUUUUUUUUUCUUUAUUUCCAAUAAAAAAAGAGUUUUGUAAUUUUCCAAUUUACAUGUAUGAAUGAUCAUUAAUUUACCUUUAACUCACCCAAAGCCAUAAAUUUGUAUACAAGGAUCUUGUCUAGUGGCAUUUGACAGUUUUUAGUAAGUAAAAAAUAUACAAGUAACAACUGGGGUAACAUUUGUUCAUUUUGAGUUUCUAUUGUCUGGUAAUGGGUCAAAGCUUAAUAUUUUCUUAUAAUAUAAUCUUUUGUGUAUACUUCUUUGGAUAUCUGCUAACUACAUUAUUUUAUAUUUCAAGUAGUGUACUAGUAAAAAUAUAUCAUAUUCUGG